AUGCCAAGAGAGAAGAAGCAGAAGCCUGCCGUCGUUUGCCACGACGGCAGCGACGCGGAGGUGAGUGAUGCGGAGGUGCAGCAGCUGCUUCAGAGCGGGGCAUGGAAGGCGCUGACGCAAGAGGGGACAGGGCGGACUUAUUACUACCACGCGGAGACGAAGAAGACGUGCUGGGACUUGAAAAAGGAGCUUCUAAAGCAGCGCCGGGCGCAAGCCAAAGAGAAGGCCGCGGCGGCAACAACUGCGCAGGAGAAGGAAUCGAUGGCAACCGAAAAAGAGGAACAGGGGCAGACCGAAGCGAGUGACGCGGGGCACGCGGAAGCUGAACGCAGUGCUGCGGCAGCUCCUACUGGGCCAGGCGUGGCCGCAGGAAAUCAGCAUGUGACAUUGCCGAAGACGACGCCCCCGACGUCUCCCACGGAGGACGCGUCCAUAAGCGGCAAUGUCAAUAAGAGGAGGAAUGAUCUUACCAGCGGCAGGGACGACAACAACCACCCAACACUUUUGCCCUUUGGUGAGAAGGGAAGGGAACUCAUGCAGAUGGAUACGUAUAAGGACCCACUGCAGCGUCUCAUGGAUGAGACGAACUCGCUGGAACGACUCAUGGUGUCCUCUGGCACUUCCCAGGCGAUGGCAUUGGAGUUCCAACGCUCCUACGAGGCGUUGACUCGUACCAACAGGGCCCUCACCACGCAGAUGGUGAAGAUGAAGCAGGAGUACGGGGCAAUGGAAAUGGCACUGCGAGAGGCAAAUAUUAAGCUGUACGAAAAGGAUCUGGCGCUGCGUGAACUGCAGUGCCGGACGAGAGCGGUAGACAAGGAGGAUGAGGCAGAGCGAACACUCAUCUUCCUUCGUGAACAGAAUCAAGAGUUGAUUCGACAGGUGGGUGAACUCACAGUGGUUCUCUCACGUGGGUUUAACGAGUUGGCGUAUCAGCAGGCCUUAACCUCCGGCCCGGGGGCACUCAACCCGGAACAACUGGCUUCCAGCCCUCUGCAACUGAACCAGAAUGGCUCUCUUGGAACGAUGCUAGACCGCGUUCUCACCAAUCCGGUGACGCACAAGCUCCUUUGUCUUGCAUGCACGGAGGAACUUGAAAAGUUGCGUCUCAGUUUGCUAUCGGAUGAGGAAAGGACAACAACAUCACUAGCCACAGUUAGGCAUCAUUCUACGACUGGCACUGGUGGCGACCACUAUCAUCACGCGCGUUACGUCCCUGCCGACUCAGCUGCCUUGCCAUUUAAUCACCUUGGUCACCCAGAAGAAGUGACACAGGCGGGAAAGGGCAGCGGCUGUGCUGGUGGGGGCAGUGGCCCAUUCCAACCACCACAGGAAACACAAAGAAGGCCUCAAUACGGGCCACAAGUUGCCGUAGGUGCCAAGCAGCUGUCAUUAUCGCCGCGACAGAAUAGUGCCGCGUCGCACCCUCACUCGGGCAGUGACGGCGGGCUGCAGUCGUAUCCGUAUCGGCAGCAGCUCCCUGGAAGCGCGUACAGCUGGAAGCGCUGGACAGCGCAAGCCGAUGACGGGAGAAGCAGCACAUACGGUGACCACAUUCCCAAAGUCUCCAUGAGCCGUCGAUCUGAGUCGCAGAAUUUAGCGGUCAGUCCCACGCCUAUUUUUGGCGGAUUUCGCAUUCGCCCUUCGUAUUGA